AUGUCUAGAGAAAAUGAGAAUCGAGAGACAUACCACACGACCGAGAUCACAAAGAUUAAGAAGGACAUAGACCGUAUGCAGAAGGUAUCUGACGAGUUACUAGCGGAGGUAAAUCACCUCAUAUCCCUUCGAAAUGGUUGUGGCCUUGAUGGCUUGUCUCAAACCGAGAUUGAUAAAUUAACAUCAGAUACACGUAAGAAGAUUAAAGGGCUGAGUAGACAGUUACGUCCUCGGGACCAUCCUGUCAACAAGCCAAACCUUGUCCCAAGGGCUUCAGAUGUUGCACCUGAAGGAGGGAGAAACAUGAAACCAUCUGAUGACGUGGAUGAUGAGAUGAAGAAGAACCAUCAUCAAGGAGAGAGCAGCAAGUCUGGUGAUGUGGACGAUGAUGAUGAUACCUUGUCUUUAAGUGGGUGGAUUAUAAAUAAUAAUUAA